AUGAGUGAGCCACGUGUGUUGGAGCCUGCGAUCAUAAAAGAUCUCUCCAACCAUAUUUAUGAAAGAAGAAAAGCAACGGCAUUUCAAAUUGAGGGUUUUACGAAGCAAGCACUCGCAAGAAAUGAUUCUCCAACUAUCUCCAAAAUCAUAGCUGAACUUACCGAGCUUCUCGAUGGUAUUUCGACUUCUGCUACAAUGGGAGCUAUCACCGCUCUUGGCAGUGUUUCUGUCGCAUUGGGCUCCUUUGCCAUUGCGUAUUUCCUAGACGAUAUCGUUAGACCCAUAUUCCGUACAUUUAGAGACACGGACGCAAGAGUGCGUUAUUAUGCAUGUGAGUCUCUUUACAACAUAUCCAAAAUUGCAAGAGGCGAAAUCCUCUUAUACUUCAAUGAAAUCUUCGACAUUUUGUGUAUCUUGGUGACGGAUACUGAGUCGUCGGUUAAGAACGCGGCCGACAUCCUUGACAGAUUGAUUAAAGACAUUGUGAGUGCCAAGUCAACAAACUAUGUCUCCAUUUUGCAUCAAAAGCCCGAGGAAUCUACUGAGAUUGAGUCAAACGUGAUGGGACCAGAUGGUCGCUCAUUCCAAGUGAAUAACCCUCAGGAUGCGUCCAAAGCAUUCUCCUUGCCAAAGUUCAUUCCCACACUUUUAGAACGCAUGUACACUAUCGAUCCCUUUGCAAAAAAGUUCCUAUUGAGUUGGUUGGAAUUGUUUGACGAUAUUCCUUCUUUGGAGUUACUCACGUUUUUGCCAAACUUUUUGGAGCCCCUCCUUCGGUUCUUCAUGAACAAUUGUCCAUCGGACGUCCGCGUCGAAACGCACAAUCUUCUCAACAUCUUUUUGAAAGAAAUUAGGAAUAUCUACAAAGUGAAGUAUGAGUUGAAGAGGAGACAACUUGUCGCAGAAAGUCAAAAAGGCUCUCGCCAGAACAUCGAGGAACAAAUGGAAGGACUAAGUGUUGAACCCAAACAAGCCACCGAUGACGAUGACGCAUCCAUAAAGUCCAGCUCAACUACUGUCAUUAGACGCCCUGCUCAUCACGAUAAGGAGCAAGCGGAGAAUGAAUUAAAUGACGUGUCUCAAGACGACACGUCUCUUUUCAUUGAUGGUCAAGAUAUUUUCAUUGACUGUCCUCGAAUCAUUGAUAUCUUACUUUCAUUUUUGAGAUCCGGUCUGUCCAAUUCUUCUGCCGAUGUCAAAAUCAACGAUCUUUCCGCCGAGUCCCAUGAUAUCUACUUGGAGAUACAAUCGACUGUCCUCAAAUGGUUACAGGAGCUUGUUUGCAUCACUCCAACAAGCUUUUCUAAAUUCCUUCCAGAUUGUAUCGCAAUUAAUAUGCAUAAUAUCUCCUUGACGGACGACAACAAGGACAACGAUCUCAGAUCUCAGUUUUUGAAUUUCAAUCAAGCUUUGCAAUCAUACCUUGUCAGACUCAAUGAAAGUGCUACAGAUUCAACUACGAAAAAUUCGAAAGACAGUUAUCCUGACCAGCCAGAAAUUAGCGACAACGCAAUCGAGGGUCUAAAUAAAGAUGUAUUAGAUGAGUUCACAGAGUUGUAUCUCAACAAAGCAUUGAGAGUGGUGAUGAACGAGUGUCUACAUAAUGUCAACGAGCUUUCACGAUUGACACUGAUGGAUUGGCUCACAUUCCUUUACUCGAGUUAUCCCGGAAGUUUCUUCGAGAUCGAUGAAAGCAAGAAGGGCGACAGUCAGGAUCGGUAUCUUUUUGACUUGACUGCUCUUUUGAGGUCGUCCACAGACUCGAGUAAUGAGGUUAUUUCUAAAGUAUUGCUGUUGGCAUCUAAGAUCUCCGAAGAUAAUCAGGAAUUUUUCAAGGAGUUCAUGGUGAAAUUGAUUUUCUUCUUUGAGACGGAUGGCGUGGAAAACAAUGGGAGAACAGGAGAGCCUGACGAGCCAUCAUCGGGGCCAAAUGCGAUCUCAAGAGGCAAGGUCGAGUUCAUGAUCAGGAGACUUUGUGUCUCUAUUAGUGCCGAAAAGAUUUUUCAAACGCUAUCUGAGGUAUUGGUUUCCUUCGAGAAGUUGAAUCUAGAGUUCGUUGGCAAUAUUGUUGUUACACUCAACAACAUUUUGCUCACAACUCACGAGCUUCAGGGUCUUCGCACGAAGUUAAAAAACCUUGACUUUCAGAAGCCCGAAGAUUGGGUAUUCUUCUCGACUCUUUUCCAAAGCUGGUGUCACAGCCCUGCUAGUGCGUUGUCGAUAUGUUUACUUACUUCCAAUCAUGAAUUGGCAUUCCUCAUAAUCAAAUGCCUUGGUGAGCUGGAGGUAACUUUUCAACUACUCACUCAGCUUGAUAUCCUCAUCCAGCUUCUUGAAACUCCAAUCUUUUUGAAAUUGAGACUUCAGUUAUUGGAACCGGACAAGCACCCGCAUUUAUACAAAACGCUUUAUGGUAUUCUUAUGAUCAUGCCGCAGUCGUCAACAUUUACAACUUUGAGAAAUAGGUUGUCAACUGUGGCCCCAUUCCAUGGACAGAACAGCAACUCCGGUUUCUCAUUGAAUACGCCAACAUCAACUCCAGGUGCCGUUGCCUCUUCAAACAGCGCCCAACUCAAUACGAGACGAAAGAGAAUUCACGAGUUGGCUGACAAGUUCAGUAAAGUGAAUGAUUUACAUCAGGCCUACAGAUCAAGACGGCGCUUGCAAGAUUCCAUCGUGGUUGAAGACUCUGGUAAAGACUCGUACAGACAAACAACUGAGCCCUCAAUCGCAAGCACUGAGCAAAAGGGUGCCAAGUCAAAAGAUAUUAAAAGGUCUAGCAAGAGAUAG